AUGGUCUGGCUGAUGUUUCUGUGUUUGAUCUGUUCCGCCAACACUUUCUGUCCUGAGCGAUGUGACUGUCAGCAUCAGCAUCUGCUCUGUGCAAACCGAGGUCUCCGGGCUGUCCCAGAAGCCCGGCAAAAUGCUGCGGAAGUCCUUACUUACAGCCUAGGGGGCAAUUUUAUCAGCAAUAUCUCGGACUUCGAUUUCACCAGCUUUACCAGGUUGCUUCGAUUGGACUUGCAAUAUAAUAAGAUUGAACGCAUUCAUCCAAAAACUUUUGAGAAACUUUCAAGACUGGAGGAGCUGUACUUGGGAAAUAAUAUAAUCUCAAGCAUACCUGCCAACGCUUUCAAUUAUCUCCGGAGACUGAGGCUUUUAAAUAUGAAUAACAAUAGUUUGAAGAAGCUGAAUCAAAAUGUCUUUUCACACCUAGAAAAUUUAGUUAAGUUAAGACUUGAUGGAAACUCUUUGGAGACCUUGCAAGAUGCAAUCUUCAAACACUUGGGUAACCUUCUUUACUUGCAGUUAGAGUCAAACAAGAUCCAUGUAAUCAGUGGGAGUACCUUUAUAAAUUUAAGGAAGCUUAUAUAUUUAAACCUCGCCAAGAAUAACCAGACUUCAUUACACAACGGUGCUGUGUUUGUACACCUGAGCUCACUGACAACUUUGAUCCUAGAUGAAAAUGAUAUCAAAUACAUUGGAAACCGAGUUUUCCAAAUGCUACAGAAACUCUCUAGACUGUCUCUCAGCAAGAACAAAAUUUCUCACAUUGGUUCUGAAGCCUUUCGAGGCCUCCAUGGGUUGAAGGAGCUGUUUAUUGAUGGUAACUUACUGAGAGAAAUCCCAAAUAAACUGCUGGACCCUCUGGUGAAGUUAGAACAAUUAGAUCUUAGUCACAACCAGAUCACCAGUGUCCACCCACAGGCAUUUAAACAGCUGACAGCUCUCAGGGUAUUGAAGCUGAAAAGCAAUCGUUUGACCUAUUUACCUGGAGAAACCUUUGCGUUUACCAACUCUAUAUACAGCCUUGAUCUGAGCAACAAUAAUUGGACGUGCAAUUGCAGGCUCAAAGGCUUGAAGCGCUGGAUGAAUUUGGCACAUGCUGAGGGCAGGCUACUCACUGUGUUUGUCCUGUGUAAUAACCCCAUCAGUUUGAACGGGAAGUAUCUGGAUUACUUGACGGAUUCAGAGAUGUGUUAUUCUCAUAAAGAGCAGUCGUUGUUAAACUUUUCCAAAGGCUCUGUGGUUGAUGGAACCCUAAGUGCGGACCAAGUCAAUGUUCAGUCAGACCAGGAGCGCAUCCUGGAUCCAGACAACAUGCACACUGACAGAAAUAUAGGUGGGGAGCAGAAGCCAUCCUCUCUACCUACUACAGUCACUAGCCUACUGCCUAAAAGUAAACAUCUCAUUCUACAGCCCAUGCCGACCAAAUCAGUUACAGGCAGCCCAAGUCAACGGGAAGCCCCAGUAUCUCUGAUCACAGCCAGGGAGACCUUGGAGAUUUUAACUCCUUAUACCACUUUCCCCAUUUCCUCGAAAUCGGAGCGGUAUUAUCUCCUAAAAGCCAAGGAUAAAGUGCUGCAAAAGCCGCUGAUAACAGACCCUUGCGAGUUCAAUAAGCUCUACAUUACCAACCUGACAGUGGAGGAGGUCACCUCAUCCACCGCCACCAUCAGAUGGAAAGUGGCACAUCCAGGCUUCAGGAAUACUGUGCAUUUCCGUGUGCUCUUUGACAGGUUUGGUCAAUCGGUGACAUUCCAUCGCUUCAUAUAUGUCAAGGAUAAGUCGGAAUGGGUCACGUUGAGAGAGCUGCGGGAGGAGACCCCUUAUAUCGUAUGCCUAGAAAGUGUCAUCGCAGAGCAUGUGUGUCAGGUGGCAUCUCGCGACCACUGCCUUGGUGUCCUUACCUUGCCUCUGAACAAAGGUCCUCUGGAUGUGCAGCAUUUCAUUUUGAUUCUGUCAGGCACCAAUGCUUUCCUGGUUUUGCUGGGGCUCAUCAUCUGGAUGUCCAAGGUGCUGAGAAAGCUGCAAAGGAAAAGAGCCCCAGUCAAUGUGCGGCGGAUGUACUCCACCCGCCGGCCACUGCGCUCCAUGGGUUCUGGGGUCUCAGCGGGAGAUUGUGCAGGAUUCCAGACCAACAGAUCGCGAUCAGUCAUGUAUCAACUCAAUGAGGCAGAUCUGAUGGACUUUCAGUCAGAUCGACUCAUGGACAUUAAUUUAAGGAGGGAAGAUAUCGGGCAACGGUAUGGAGAUUAG